CUUUUAUCCACCUGCAUUCUAAAAAUUAUUAAAUGGCCGUCACCUGCGCUACCCUCCCCAGUAGAGUCUCCGCCUCCGCCUCCGCCUCCGCCUGUUUCCCCUUCAGCUAUUCCUUAAAUCCCAGUCUUAAUCCCCAGCCGAAAGCAAGGAAACCCCCUCCACCCAUCACCAUCUCCGCCAACCCAUCCCACGUCGAUCCCUUCCAGCUACGGGACCUCCUCGCCGCCGCCAACCACUCUUGCCACCGCUUCCCGGCCCUCACCCCGGACGGCCGAGCCGAGUCUGCCGAUCCGGAGAAGCUCCGCGUGGCCCUCCACCACAGUUCCGUUGUUGUCUCUGUCUUCUGCCGAUCGAAAUUCUUGGCUGAGGACGGCUGCGGCGAAGGCCGCUAUGACGUCUCCCCUUUUACCUUCGAGAAAUUGUUCGACAGGGUCAUGCCUGCAGAGCGGGACCGACGGUUGGUGGGCUUCGGUCGAGCAGUUUCGGACGGUGGAUUGACAGCUUCCAUUCACGAUGUCGUGGUUGUCCCUUCUUUACAGGGGCGGGGUAUCGGACGAAAGAUAGUUGAACGAAUCACAAGGAUUAUUACUGGUAGAGGCAUAUAUGAUAUCUCAGCCUUGUGUUCAGAAAAUGAGAGCUUGUUUUUUAAGGCAUGCGGAUUUGGAGAGGAUUGCCUUGGGUCUACUACGAUGAUGUAUACACGAACUGCCACGGGAUUCCUGACCAACAAUCAAGCAAUCCAACCUGCUGGUAGAAUGCUACUUUUGGUUCCUCCUGCUCGAGUCCCAUGCCAUUGUAAAUAGAAUUCAGCCGGAGAAUGUAUGAGGGGGCGAGAAAAACGUGCAUGGACCAACUUUUGCCUCAGCUUAUCUCUAACUGCUUCUGGUGACCAUAAAUUGUUGGUAACAUCAGUGGGGAGGUAAUGAAUGGCUAUUGGCUGCAAGAAAUGAUCUUCCUAUAUUUAUAUAGCAAAAAUAUAUACAGCGGACAGAAGGAAGGAAAUUUGCUUCCUUUUUUGACUUGGUGAAGUUGGAAUAGUUUCUUAUUUGUUUUCUCC